AUGUCAAAGACGGACCAGGACGUCAUCUCGUCCGGGCCACCCGUGCCCGCCGCGGGCCUGGACUACGACUCCGAGAAGAACGCCGAGGUCUACGACGUCAAGAUGGACAAGAUCCUCGAUUUCGCCAAAUCAGCCACCGCCAAGGAGCAGAAGAUGACCCUGCUGCAAGGCAUCAAGACCUAUCCCAAGGCCAUUCUGUGGAGCAUGCUCAUCUCAACCUGCAUCGUCAUGGAGGGCUACGACGUCUGCCUGAUCAACAACUUCUACGCCUUCAACCAGUUCAACCGUAAGUACGGCGUCCGGCUCGACGACGGCACGUACCAGGUCCCUGCGGAGUGGCAGGCAGGCCUGUCCAACGGUGCCAACGUUGGCGAGCUGAUCGGCUUGCUCAUCAACGGUUUUGUUUCGGAACGCUUCGGUUACAGGUGGACCGUCAUCGCAUGCCUGGGCCUGAUCUGCUGCUGGACCGCCCUGUUUUUCACUGCUCAGAAUGUGCAGACUCUCCUGGCUGCCGAGAUCCUCUGCGGUAUCCCAUGGGGUGUCUUCCAAACCCUGACCGUCACCUACGCGUCCGAGGUCUGCCCUGUCCCCAUGCGAGGAUACCUGACCACCUAUGUGAACUUCUGCUGGGGCCUUGGCCAGGAGAUCGGCAUCGGUGUCAUCAUGGCCAUGCUCAAGCGCAAUGACGAGUGGGCCUAUCGCAUUCCUUACGCCCUGCAGUGGAUGUGGCCUGUCCCGCUGGCCAUUGGCAUAUUCUUUGCGCCGGAAUCUCCAUGGUGGCUCGUGCGCAAGGGACGCACCGAGGAGGCCAAGAAAUCACUGCUGCGGCUCACCAGCAAAUCCCAUGAGAGCGACUUCGACGCCGACGAGACCAUUGCCAUGAUGGUGCAUACCACCGCUCUCGAAGAGAAGACAACCUCCGGUGCUAGCUAUCUCGACUGCUUCAAGGGUCACGACCUGCGCCGAACAGAGAUCGUUUGCAUGGUCUGGGCCAUCCAGAACCUCUCGGGCAACUCCUUCUCCAACUACUCGACAUACUUCCUCGAAUCGGCCGGUCUGGACGAUACCUCGGCCUACGGUUUCGCCCUGGGUCAGUACGGGAUGAACAUGGUCGGCGUGUUCGGCGCCUGGGGUCUGAUGACGCUCGGCAUUGGUCGGCGUUCGCUGUAUCUGUACGGCCUCUGCGGGCUCUGCAUCAUGCUCUUCGUCCUCGGCUUCCUCGGCCUCGUGCCUGCUGCCCACAGAACCGAAGCCUCGAUUGCUACCGGCUCUAUCAUGCUCGGCUGGGCGCUGUGUUACCAGCUCACUGUCGGAACGGUCUGCUAUUCUCUUGUGGCCGAGAUGUCUUCCCGCCGCUUGCAGAUCAAGACCGUCGUGCUGGGACGUGUGCUGUACAUCAUCGUCGGCAUCAUCUGCAGCGUGCUCACCCCUUACAUGCUCAAUCCGAGCGCCUGGAAUUGGAGCAACUUUGCUGGAUUCUUCUGGGGUGGUAUAUGCUUCUGUUGCAUCGUCUACACAUACUUCCGCGUCCCUGAGCCCACCGGUCGCACGUUCGCCGAGCUGGACACGCUCUUCGAGCGGGGUGUGUCGGCACGUAAGUUCGCAACCGCCAAGAUCGACGCGUUCGAGGAGAGCGUCGAUGGUUCCGUCAUGGACCAUUACAAGGACGAUAUCGCGGCGUCCCAUCGGGAACGGCAGAGCCAAGGGAGCCGCCGGUCGAAGUGAGCAGCAGCCGGCCGCCAAGCGGUUGACAAGAGCUGUCUCGGCAACUGGAGAUUUGCAAAGCGGCCCAGGUGCACACGCCAUUGGGCCUCAAUGAUAUUCUAAGCAUUUAAUUCUGGCGAUGAGCGUUAUGUCUGAUGACUCAAAUAUACAUGUACAUAUUACGAGAAAUAAUGAGCACGUUUUCACCAUCA